ACUUAGUACUGUUGACUUCUCUCACCCUCUUCCCUGUCAAUGAUUACAGCAGCAAAGAUUGUGUCAUUCUGAAUAUUCUUCUUCUUCUUCUUCUUCUUCUCUCUCUCUCCCUCCUUUUUCUUGAAUUAGUAAAAUGGUUUGAUUUUUGUGAUUAGAUUUUGGAUUUGGAUUAGAUAGAUUCUCUCUCUUUAGUUUGCUUGCUAUUUUAUCACUGUAUCUUUAAUACAAGAAUGGCCCAAAUCUGAUAAAAGCCAUGAGGAAGAAACUUGAUACCCGCUUCCCUGCUGCCCGGAUAAAAAAAAUUAUGCAAGCUGAUGAAGAUGUUGGGAAAAUAGCCAUGGCUGUACCUGUUUUAGUUUCCAAGGCUUUGGAAUUAUUUCUUCAAGACCUUUGUGAUCGUACCUACGACAUUACGCUCCAAAGAGGAGCAAAGACUGUUAGUUCAUUGCAUUUAAAGCAUUGUGUCCAAAGCUAUAAUGUAUUUGAUUUUCUGAGGGAAGUUGUCAGCAAGGUUCCUGACUAUGGCCACUCUGAUGCUGCUUCUGCUGACAUGUCAAAAAGAAGGAAAAUUCUUCCUGAAGAAUAUAAUGACAGUGAUGAAGAAUUCAGGAAGAACAGAAUGGAGGUUUGCCAUUCAAGUAGCAGUGGCAGGGGAAGAGGUCGCGGAAGAGGAAGAGGGCGUGGUCGUAGUAGCCGGAUAACUGAUAGAGAAGCUAUUCGGCAUGAAAAUGAAUCAGAAUCCUCUAUGUCCAUCCAGCAAAGCAGUAAGCAAAUCUCAAGUCCUGGAAGCACAGCGGAUACUUUGGCAGAGUUAGAAUCAUCAAAAGAAAACAUCAAAAGCAGUGACAAUGAUAAUGUUUUGCAAAAUAUCGAUCUGAACUCAGGUGUAGGUGAAGGUGGAGACAAAACAGCUGCAACUCUGACAGAACCGUCUACCUCAUCAGCUGGACCUGCUGAUACAAAAGGUGAAGAGUAUCCUGGGUGGGCACUUUCCGAGAUGGAUAGGAUGGCUAUUGAUCCUUCUCAAAUUGCUCACCUUAGCUCAAGAUUGGAUGAGGAAGAGGAAGAUUAUGAUGAGGAAGGAUGAAAGAAUUUGUUUAUGUAGUAGGCUCAAUCUUUUCUAUUGCCAGAUAGCAUGAAUUUCCUGCUAUGAGACAAUGAUGUAUAUGUGAAUGCACUAGGGCUGAUAAGUCCUAAAACGGCUGUAUUCUGUCUCUGUUUCUUUGUUUCCCUUUAAUUUUAGUUCCUUGUUCAGAUCUGCUUUAGAUGUAAUAUACUCUGUACUUUAUGUAAUGCUGAUAUGUAAUAAUAUUAGAUUUAUUUUCAGUGCAUUUAGGUAUGUGAUUGGCAAAA